GGAGUUUCCCAGCGACGGCCGUAAGUGGCGGGCGGAAGCGGCCCUAGAAGCCCGCCGUAAACGGCUCCCUCGCGCCACUUCCGGCCGGCUUCUGCAGACGGCGCUGGUGGUCGAUCGUGUGGCGCCGGAGGACGUUCCCCGCGGCCGGAGCCAUGGAGAUGCCGCUGCCCCCCGAUGACCAGGAGCUUCGAAAUGUCAUCGACAAGCUCGCCCAGUUCGUGGCUCGCAAUGGGCCCGAGUUUGAGAAGAUGACUAUGGAGAAGCAGAAGGACAACCCCAAAUUCUCGUUUCUUUUCGGAGGCGAAUUCUACAGUUACUACAAGUGCAAGCUGGCACUGGAGCAGCAGCAGCUCAUCUGCAAGCAGCAGACCCCGGAGCUGGAGCCAGCCGCUGCCAUGCCGCCCCUUCCACAGCCCCCGCUGGCCCCCGCCGCGCCCAUCCCGCCGGCCCAGGGUGCGCCGUCCAUGGACGAGCUCAUCCAGCAGAGCCAAUGGAACCUCCAGCAGCAGGAGCAGCACUUGCUGGCACUCAGACAGGAGCAAGUGACAGCGGCCGUGGCCCACGCGGUGGAGCAGCAGAUGCAGAAGCUUCUGGAGGAGACCCAGCUAGACAUGAACGAGUUUGACAACCUGCUGCAGCCCAUUAUCGACACGUGCACCAAGGACGCCAUCUCGGCCGGGAAGAACUGGAUGUUCAGCAAUGCCAAGUCCCCGCCGCACUGUGAGCUGAUGGCCGGCCACCUCCGGAACCGCAUCACAGCUGACGGGGCGCACUUCGAGCUGCGGCUGCACCUCAUCUACCUGAUCAACGACGUGCUGCACCACUGCCAGCGCAAGCAGGCCCGGGAGCUGCUGGCCGCCCUGCAGAAGGUCGUGGUGCCCAUCUACUGCACCAGCUUCCUGGCCGUGGAGGAAGACAAGCAGCAGAAGAUCGCCCGGCUCCUGCAGCUUUGGGAGAAAAACGGCUACUUUGAUGACUCCAUCAUUCAGCAGCUACAGAGCCCGGCCCUGGGGCUUGGUCAGUACCAGGCCACCCUCAUCAAUGAGUACUCCUCGGUGGUCCAGCCGGUGCAGCUGGCCUUCCAGCAGCAGAUCCAGACCCUCAAGACACAGCAUGAGGAGUUCGUCACCAGCCUGGCCCAGCAGCAGCAGCAGCAGCAACAGCAGCAGCAGCAGCUCCAGAUGCCGCAGAUGGAAGCUGAAGUCAAGGCCACGCCUCCGCCACCUGCCCCACCCCCGGCCCCAGCACCUGCCCCUGCCAUCCCACCCACCACCCAGCCUGAUGACAGCAAGCCUCCCAUCCAGAUGCCUGGCUCUUCAGAGUACGAAGCCUCAGGAGGGGUCCAGGAUCCUGCAGCCGCUGGCCCCCGGGGCCCCGGGCCACACGACCAGAUCCCACCGAACAAGCCCCCUUGGUUUGACCAGCCUCACCCCGUGGCUCCUUGGGGCCAGCAGCAGCCUCCAGAGCAGCCGCCCUACCCGCACCACCAGGGCGGCCCACCCCACUGCCCCCCCUGGAACAACAGCCACGAGGGCAUGUGGGGCGAGCAGCGCGGUGACCCCGGCUGGAACGGCCAGCGCGACGCACCCUGGAACAACCAGCCCGACCCCGCCUGGAACAACCAGUUCGAGGGCCCCUGGAACAGCCAACACGAGCAGCCGCCCUGGGGCGGGGGCCAGCGCGAGCCGCCCUUCCGCAUGCAGCGGCCCCCACACUUCCGGGGGCCCUUCCCGCCCCACCAGCAGCACCCGCAGUUCAACCAGCCUCCGCACCCCCACAACUUCAACCGCUUCCCGCCCCGCUUCAUGCAGGACGACUUCCCGCCACGGCACCCCUUCGAGCGGCCGCCCUAUCCCCACCGCUUCGACUACCCCCAGGGGGACUUCCCUGCCGAAAUGGGGCCUCCUCACCACCACCCUGGCCACCGCAUGCCUCAUCCUGGCAUCAACGAGCACCCGCCCUGGGCUGGACCCCAGCACCCCGACUUCGGCCCUCCCCCCCACGGCUUCAACGGGCAGCCCCCACACAUGCGGCGACAGGGCCCGCCCCACAUCAACCACGAUGACCCCAGCCUGGUCCCCAACGUGCCCUACUUCGAUCUCCCUGCUGGGCUGAUGGCGCCCCUUGUGAAGCUGGAAGAUCACGAGUACAAGCCUUUGGACCCUAAAGACAUCCGCCUCCCGCCCCCCAUGCCGCCCAGCGAGAGGCUGCUGGCUGCAGUGGAGGCCUUCUACAGCCCCCCGUCCCAUGACAGGCCCAGGAACAGUGAAGGCUGGGAGCAGAACGGCCUCUAUGAGUUCUUCCGAGCAAAAAUGCGGGCCCGGCGGAGGAAAGGCCAGGAGAAGAGGAACAGCGGACCCUCGAGGUCUCGGAGCAGAUCGAAGAGUCGAGGGCGUUCUUCCUCCCGCUCCAACUCAAGAUCCUCCAAGUCUUCAGGCUCGUACUCAAGGUCAAGGUCGCGCUCCUGCUCCCGUUCCUACUCCCGCUCCAGAUCUAGAAGUCGGAGCAGGUCGCGCUCCUCCAGAAGCCGCUCCCGGUCCCAGUCGCGGUCCCGGUCCAAGUCAUACUCCCCAGGAAGAAGACGCCGGUCACGAUCCAGGAGCCCCACCCCGCCUUCCUCUGCUGGUCUGGGUUCUAAUUCGGCACCUCCUAUCCCUGACUCAAGGCUCGGAGAAGAGAACAAAGGCCAUCAGAUGCUGGUGAAGAUGGGCUGGAGUGGCUCUGGUGGCCUCGGUGCAAAGGAGCAAGGGAUCCAGGACCCCAUCAAGGGCGGGGACGUCCGGGAUAAGUGGGACCAGUAUAAAGGUGUGGGCGUGGCCCUGGACGACCCCUAUGAGAACUACCGCAGGAACAAGAGCUACUCCUUCAUCGCCCGCAUGAAGGCCAGGGACGAGUGUAAGUAGGCGCCCAUGCAGGGAGCUGCGCCAGUGGCCAGCGGUGCCAGCUGUGGGACCUUCCUGGCUGACUGGCAGUGGAAGAUCGCAGUGACAGCUCAGUUCUUACACUGUCUCCACUUGUGGAGAGCCACAGGAAGAGAAGGAAGACCAGCGCAUGCCCAGUGGGAACGCCGUGCUCCAUGGCGUGGAGGGCACGGGUGCCACCCACAAACCACACCAGGAGGCGCUGCAGCCACCAGGGCCCCAGGCUCGUUUUCCUUUAUAGUGAAGCAAGAAACACAAGACCCUCUACCCCGAGUAAAUUCUUCACCCAUGAAGGGAUGGAUGUGCAUCUGCCCUAAGUCAGACUGAAGCCUCCUCUCAGGCUCCAGGAGCAUGUGCAAAAGGGAUUGGCCUGGGCCAGAGCCGGCACCCCAGCUCCUUCCUCCAGCUCCCUCCUCCAGCUCCUGGCACCCACCGGCCCUGACCCGGCUUCCCCUCGGCUAUGUAGGGACAAAGCUGAGGCCCAGUGCCAUGACUACCCACAGAUUGAAAACCAGAAACACAAAACUUUGACUUGACUUGCAAAGUGAAGCAGGGUUUUCAUUUUUACUCUCCUUGGUUUAGUUCUAGAAAGAAUAUUGACCUGAGAGGAAUCCCAGUGAGAGUCUGAAACCCAAUUCUUCGAAGGCGUAGUGGCCCUUAGUUCAGUUAUUUUAGUUGUUUAAGUUGAUAUUUUUUUUUCUGGAAUGUAGCCAUUUGCUGUUAUCUGGGAAACAAUAUUCUAACAGGAAACCAGCCUAAGACACUUCAGGUCGAGCGCUCCCUCGGAGUCUGUGCCCGUCGCGUCCCCUGCUUGAGUUUCGCACUUGGAAGAACCCUGCACCAGCUGGCGUGUGCGACGGCCCAGUCCCAUCCAGAGCAUGGAGCCCGACCCCAGCCAGCGCCUUCCGCUCCAUCAUUUCAUUUCACACCCCCGAAGGGAGGGGAGGCCAGGAGGGGAGCUGCUCCUGCCAGAAGCUGGUGGGUGACCGUUGGGAAUCGGCCAUACCUGGUGUCCAUGGGCAGUCUGGUGCAAUGCCAUUCACUUGUACAGAAACAUUUUUGAAAAAUUCUUUUCAAUAAGAUGCAAAAUCUUCCAACUUUUCAACCCACGUGAUGAAUAUUUGAUUUUGUUCUAGAUUUCCUGUAGCUGUGAAUUGUUAAAAUGUAUGAUUCAGGAUGAAACGUAAACACGUGCUGUUAGUAAUUUCUUGUGGAUUUCAUUGUUUUGCCUUCAAAUAAAGCAUUUUUUUAAAGACCUU